AGUCUGACGCCAUGUUUGAGGCCCGCACAAAGGAGCCCCGACUCAUCAUGAUGAAGUCCACCAGCCAGCCAGAGGUCAUGAAGACGAUGUCGUCUCCACUUGUAACUUCCAGCCCGAAUGGCAGUGUGCAUGCCCCGGGUUCCUACCUCUCUAGAGUUCAAGCUAAUCUAGGUACCUCGUCGCAGAAAAGAACUGAACACGAUAACAUUUCACUUUCCUCCGGCUCUGGAGGUAACACACAUGUUUCUAGAUCUUUCGAAGCCGGUUCUACCCUGCCGAUAAACGCCGAGCUCACUGUGCAUGUCGAACUGAAGUCCAAAGAUUUUUCAAACUCUGUUGCAACAAAUGGAGGCAUCACAGCUCUGCCUUCGCCUUCUCUGUCGCCCAGGAUUGAUCUGACUAAGACUGGUAUCUCAAAAGUCGAUGAUGAUAUCCCCGAUCAUGUGUGGAUGCAAGCGUAUCAUAGACAACGACAGAAUCUGAACAAUCAGCACAUGCAACAGCAGUUUGAAAUGGACCCACAGCGUACUGUGAAUGCUGACAGUGUUACAAAGCAACUUUCCUCAAUGGGGGGAACGCAAUCCAACUGGAUUCUGAGAGCCACGCCCAUCUAUCGAAGCGGGGCCAACGAGGAGAACGCGUCUCCCACGGAGGUUGUGAUGUCACCCAUACAGAAACAGCCUCUCGUCCAGACAUCUUCACUGACAACAGGCAGCGAUGGCUCCAUCAUUGUACCCGCUGACAAAAACUUUAAUGUCGGAGGCGAAUUAGAAGGUUACCGGAUGUACAAAGGCAGGGCUUACAAUGUGGACCAGUCUUUUGGCAGUGCGCACCCAUCAUCUCCUGCCAUCUCAGAUUCCCCUCGGGUUACUAAGUCAAGUCAAAAUAACACACUAGGUCGAAAAAUACCCCCGAGCCCUACUUUCCCCACCAAGCUGCUUCAACACGACGCGAGGCACGUUAAACACAAUGGCGUGAUACCAUCAAGCCCCAAGAGCCACCAUCCGCGCCAUCAGCAUCCACAGCACCAUCAUCAACAUCAUAACCUGUCGCAGCAACAGCAACAGUUGUUUCAGCAAAACACUUCUCCGCUAAAAGAGCAGAUAUUCAGAGACCAUUUCCGACAGUUGCAAGAGUCAAAGUUCCAAACAGCACCUCUAAAGUCUCCAGAUUCUCCACAGUCAAAGCACAUGUCAAGGCCGUGGUGGAAAAACCAAAAACUCAAAGAUGAUUGGUCCAAACCGCGAGUUGUCACGUGUUCCGCUUCCUUGACAGGCAAGCCCCGCCCAGCGUCACAGAGAUCCCAGAAACCUACUCCCUUGGUACUGACGCUGCACGGUAACAGAGGCGACCCCCCGAGCCCCGCCUCCCCAUCACGUUCUGCAGCUGGCAGUGGCCACCACUCCCCUCGACGCAGAGACACACACAGUCCUUCCGUCUACCGAUUGGAUCCAAGAGCUGGACUCAAGCCUCGCUCCAGAAGCGCUUCUCCACAACCUCCGCCGAAAUCCAUUCUGAAGAACAACUCCAACACAAGCACCCACGACAGACUAGGGUCGAACUCUUCAUCAAACGCAAUUACCUCGUACAUAGACAGCCCAACAGACAAUCUAUUAACACCAGAUUCGACUCUCUCUUCCGAAGACCAUUUACUCCCAUUUACGUCAGUCAAAUCGCCUCCCUUGAGGAAGAAAGGUGCUAGUUUCUCUCUGCAGUCCAAGCCGUCAAUUUCAAGGCGUUCUCAGAGUGCCAGUGCUGGGGGUCGGGGGUCACCCCCACACAGAUAUGACCUUGCCUCUAACGGGUCCAGGGAACCAAAGAGAAAGUCAGUGACCUUCAACCAGCAGGUACGGCUUCACCUAGGAGGUCACGUGUCCACAGUACAGGCACUUGCAGUGGAUGCAUAAAAAAAAUCAUCAAAAAUCUUCUUUUUUUUUGGUAACGAUUACAAAUGUAUUAUGUUUCCUGUGGCAUGUUAUAUAAUUUAGGAAGCGGGUUGUUUCGAUCCUGUCAGUUAGAACCAAUCCCAGAUGUGUUGAUAAUGAUCUGAUAAUGUGCAUGCAACCUUGAUUUUAACAUCGUAAUCUAGAUCUGCGUUAGACAAUGGGGGCCCAAGGGUCGUGUUACUCUUGAGGAGAAAAUAUGGAAAUCAGUUUUAACACGGGUUAUUAUCGUGCAUUUAAUCGACGCCCUUGUAUUAAGUGUAAAUUGUGUGUCAAACGUUGAUAUAAUAUCCCAUUAUCUGUUGCUCAUCUUCUUUCUGGACACACACACACAAACACACACACACACACACACACACACACACACACACACACACACACACACACACACACACACACACACACACAUAUAUAUAGAGAGAGAACAGAUGGAUAUCUAUUAAAGACCAGAAUAGUAUAUAUUGGUCUAUUUCUAGAGCAUGGGGUCAAAGAAGUGAAUGGUGAGCCAUGGUCGCCAGUCUUGUUUCAGAUUUGGCACUUUUUGAUGAUGCUAUCAUCUGAGAAUAUAGAGACAAGUUAUGUAAUAACCGGUCAAAUUAUGAAGAGCUGAAAUUAAACACUUAUUAUACUGUCGAAUCAACCUAAUCGGUGAUCUUUUCAUGUGGUCACCUGUACUAACAGCCACUGUUCAUAGCGGCCACUGUCCAACGCAGCCUCGGUCAGGUCAUUUUCUUGACAAGUCGGCCUUAAAGCUAGCUCAUAGUGGUCCCUUGCAACAAAAGUUUUCUGCCAGCCCGUCCUUUGAUUAUACCUUUUAUCAAUACAAAAGAACUCUGUGAUAGAUAAUACUCUUGACAGAAAUGACAUGGAAAGACAAAAUUAAGAUUUCAGAUUGUGAAACUAGAUGUUUACUUUUUUUUAAAAUGGUGAAAUGGUAUGGGUUUAACGCCCCUAUCAACACUAUUAGGUUAUUUA